AUGCUGGCCGUUUGUCAGUACAUUGCUCCACAAACCGAGCUAGGGGCGCUUUCGACCCCGCUCCUAAACGAAAUAAAAUUAAACACGGUGAAAGUACUGGAAGGGUCAAUAUACCUCGCAUCAUCAGCACCGAUCAACCAGAACUCACCACAAAGGGUUGAGUACGAUUAUGAAUAUGAGAGCUCAAAGUCGAACCAGGCAAAGGAACCCGCGGAGGCAGCAAGCCACUACGACGCAUACAUCCAGGACGUUCAAUCCGCUGCAACUGGUGGAGGCAACACGCAAAAGAAAGGCUACAGCCGAGGCAGUGGUUUACGAACGAUAGCAGUUGGCUCAGCCAAUCAAGCGAAAACAGCGCUCGGUAACCAGCAAGCAGCGGCUUAUCAAGCUGCGUAUGUCGCUAAGAAUACGUUAGCACAGUCAGCUGCCCAGUCUAGUGCUACAGCGCAGGCAGCGUUGGCUGGGAAGCAAGUGAUCUUAUCUGGUCUAGAGCAACAAGUGAGAGAUGCUAAGGUGUCGCUCCAGGGUGAAGAAAUGCAGUUGCAACAGGCUAAGAGAGCUGCUCAAUCUGCGGCCCAAGCGGCUCAACAGGCUAUGCACCAGGUGAACGUGAUCCAAGCUGCUCUAAACGCUGCACAAGCGACGUCAGAAAAUGCCAAUGAGGCGGCUUCACAAGCGGCUGGUGAGUUGGGAGCUCAAACCGCUAUGGUAGGCGCGGCGCGACAGAGGCUACAGACCUUGCAGGAACAACUCAAGGGUGUCAGGAUUGACUUCGAGGCCACGCAAGCAGCAGCAAGAAAGGCUCAAGCGGCGGCUCAACAGGCACAAGCUAACGCGGCGGAGGCAGCCGCAAAGGCCGCAGCGGCUGGACUUGCUCAAAACAAGGACAGUUCUCACGAAGAGUCCGGUCCAAUCCAGAUACCAGCCAACAAACCAUUGCAUACAAACCAGAAUCAAGAAAACGCAAAAAUCACACCAUCUAACAACGCUUCAUUACAAAAACCACUAGCUUUCAAUCUAUCAUAUCAUCCUGAACACCGGUACAUACCAGAUAACACUCCCUCGAUCCAGUUUAAACAGGUUUCGAAUAUAAACCAGAAUAAACCUCAAUAUGUUGUCUCCAAUGAUUACGAAACCUAUCCAUUGCUUGAUUCGGAAUCCUAUGAACAUUUUCCGAAAGACGCACACGAAGAGUUAGUGGAAGAAGAAGAAGUGGAAGAAGAAGAAGAUUGUGAAGAGUAA